AUGGGAAAUCAUACAUCCUGGAAAGUGUUUAUCCUAGCAGGUUUGACUGAUGACCCACAAUGGAAAGUUGUGUUAUUCAUCUUCCUGCUUCUCAUUUACAUGCUAAGCAUCACCGGCAAUCUGAUUAUCAUCACACUCACCCUGGUGGAUAUUCACCUCAAGACCCCCAUGUAUUUUUUCCUUCGGAAUUUUUCCUUUUUAGAAAUCUCCUACACUAGUACAUGCAUUCCUAAGUUUUUGCUUACUAUUGCAACAGGGGACAAAACCAUUUCCUAUAAUUGUUGUUACACUCAGGCGUUUUUUGCCUUCCUUUUUGGAGCAUCUGAAUUUUACUUGCUGGCAGCCAUGUCCUAUGACCGCUAUGUUGCCAUCUGUAAGCCCCUGCAUUACACAGUUAUCAUGAGCAAUAAAAUCUGCACACAGCUUGUCCUCAGUUGUUGGCUUGCUGGCUUUUUUGUCAUCUUUCCACCGCUCAUCUUAGGCCUGGACCUUGACUACUGUGACUCCAAUAUUAUUGAGCAUUUCUACUGUGACUCCACUCCUGUUAUGCAGAUAUCCUGCACAGACACAGGGACUCUUGAGCUGAUGGGAUUCAUCUCUGCUUUGGUGACACUUUUGGUCACAUUGAUAUUGGUGAUACUAUCAUAUGCCUUUAUUGCCUUGACCAUUUUAAAAUUCCCUUCAACUAGUCAGAGGACAAAAGCUUUUUCAACAUGUUCUUCUCACAUGAUUGUGAUAUCCAUUUCUUAUGGCAGCUGUAUUUUCAUGUAUGUUCAGCCAUCCGUCAAACAAAAGGUAUCUUUUUCCAAGGGAAUUUCCGUGCUCAAUACUUCAGUUGCACCACUUUUGAACCCUUUCAUCUACACUUUACGGAACCAACAAGUGCAAAAAGCCUUCAUGACUAUGAUCCACAGGGUUAUAUUUUUCUUAAAGAAAUGA